AUGGCGGGGAGCAGUGAGCUUCAUAGCUUUGAAAAAUGUCAGUUGAAAGCAACCACAGUUCGUGAGCGAAAUGAGCUAAUGUUCAACAAUGAGAUACUCAGUGACGUGCACUUUCUGGUGGGAAAAGAUAAAGCAAGAAUUCCGGGCCAUAAGUACGUUUUGGCAAUUAGCAGUCCAGUAUUUUUUGCGAUGUUUUAUGGUCGAAUGGCGGAGCCGGAAGGCGACGUGGCUGUUACAGACUCAGAAGUUGAAUGCUUUAUGGAACUUUUGCGUUUUGUUUACACCGAUGAAGCAGUUUUGACACUGGAUAAUGCUCUUGGCGUGCUGUAUUUGGCAGAAAAAUAUAUGCUGCCAGUUUUGGCAGCGAAGUGUAUCAAAUUUGUCGACGCUAGUUUAAAUCCGGAAAAUGCCCUAACGGUUUUGUGUCAUGCCAGGUAUUUAGCGAAGGAAGAACUUCAAGAGAGAUGCUGGGAGAUUGUAGAUAGUUAUACGACUCAAGUUUUAGACUCAGAGGCAUUUCUUGAACUGGAUAUUGAAACACUGUCACUACUUGUACAGCGAAACACAGUAUCGGCCCGAGAGAUUCAGAUGUUCAAGGCUUUAAACUUAUGGUCGGAAAAUGAAUGUUUUAGACGUGCAAUUGAAGCAACUGCGGAAAACAAGAGAGUUGUAGCUUCGCAAGCAAUGAAAUUUAUAAGAUUUCCACUAAUGUCGCCGCUGGAGUUCGCCGAUGAAGUUGCAAGAUCGGGGAUGCUCUCGUACGAAGAAACAACCAAUGUAUUCUUGUACUUUUUCUCGAGUCACGAAACGAAGCUUCAGUUCUCGAAAAUUCCUCGCACUCCAAGAGAAACUUUAACAAAGAAAACUUUGAGAUGCUUAAGAUUUAAAAGCUGCUGCGGAAACGACUGGUUUUGCGAUACAAGAAAAUCCGAUGCAAUAAAAUUCACUGUUGACAAACCUGUCUACGUGAAGGGGAUCGCUGUGUAUGGUGCAAGCAGAAUUGAAGGCGAUUAUAAAAGCACCCUGGAACUUCUGAGAGAAACUAAAGUCCUCGCUGAGAGAAAAAUGUCUUUCUCAUCCAAUACAAGCUCUGCGCUACAUGAUAUUUUGUUUGAGAGGCCAAUUUUAAUCGAGAAAAAUGUUGUGUACACACUGAACCUUCAGCUGCAAGGUCCUUGUUCACAGAGUGGAAGGGAUGGGUUUUCAGUUGUGGUUACAGAGGGAGUAAAAUUUACGUUUUUUGAGCAUACAAGUCCUAAUGGAACCUCAGUUACUGCAGGGCAAAUACCUGAAAUUAUCUUUCAGCUAUAA